CGGUUGUGUAACGGGCUGCCUCGCCCCCGUGGUGCAUUUGCUUGUUUAAAAAAAAAAAAAAAAAAAAAAAAUCGCAGCUAACUUGGUUCACUACGGAGCAGUUUCAGUGCAGCCACGCGCGCAGCCCGGCGUGUAAAUUCCGGUUUAAUGUGAUUUUUCAACACGUGUGUGUGGUGUGAAGUUAUGUCUGCGGGGUUAUGUUUGCUUACUAAUGGCCUAGCGUGUGGCCUCUCGACGCAGAAGCCUCGCCCUCGAGUUGGCUAACGUUAGCAUUCGGAGCAGUCGGUGAACUGUCCCACUCGGCCAAUGAGAAGUCGAGGCUGAGAGGCCUUUAUACUAUUAGUGCUAUUACUAGUAUAAUAAGAACUAUAAUAAUCACGAUUAAACUGGUCCGUGGCAUAUUUACAACAACAAAAAAACACUUUCGUCAGUGCUACAUAUUCAAAGCCACAGUGUUUUCAGUGUAUUCUCAAUAUUAAAUCAUCGAUUCAGAUGUUUCACUGUAACUUUUUCGUGUCUUAGUUUUUGCUGUUUGCACUUUCAAAUGAAAAUUCAAUGUGCUGCACCAUGGAAACAAAAAUGAGGAGUUACUAUAAUGCUAAUGUCAAAGAUUGAGUGAGAUGAGCUUGGCUCUCUGCAUAAAAAACAAUGGCUAAAAGUGAACCAGAGGAGAUGAUAGAGAUUGAGAUCGAUGAACGGGAGAAACAGACAUGCCUGGAGGAAACCAUUGAGGAGCAAACAAUCAAUGCAUCUGAUUUGAUUCAGCAAGACAUUGACAUAAACGAGCCCAUUGGAAAUUUAAAAAAGCUUUUGGAGCCCCGUAUCCAAAUAUCACUGGAUGCGUACGAGAUCUGCCUGCAGGACAUUCAGCUUCACCCCGACCACAGCCUCUUCGAUCAGGGAGUAAAGACGGACGGCACAGUGCAGCUCAGCCUGCAGAUUAUAACCAAACCAGGUGAGGAGAAGCUGAACAUUUUGGAAAUUGUGAAGCCAGUAGAAACAGUAGAGGUGGUGAUCGAUCCGGAUGCGGCCGGGGAGGAGGGCACUCUGGUGGAGGAGGGUCAUCUGAUCGCUGUGGAUAGGUCCGGCCUCUCCGAUGAGACUUCAGAACAGGUUACACGCUGGGCUGCAGCACUCGAAGGCUACCGCAAAGAGCAGGUCCGCCUGGGCAUACCAUAUGACCCCGUGCUUUGGUCGGCUGACCAGGUGAUACACUGGGCUGUUUGGGUGAUGAAGGAAUUCAACAUCGACGAGAUGGAAAUCGGCAGCAUUCACAUCCCAGGCCGAGAGCUCUGUGCUUUCAGCCAAGAGGAGUUCCUUCAGAAAGUGCCUAAUGGAGAGAUACUCUGGAGUCACCUGGAGCUCCUCCGCAAAUAUGUGUUGGCCAGCCAGGACCAGUCUGGAGGGGAUGCCACAGUCACAAUUGAUCAGCCUGUGCAGAUAAUCCCGGCUCAGGUGAGCACACCCACGGCCAUAAAGGUGCUGAAGCAGAGUCGUGGCCCCAGAACGCCGCGUAUUUCAGGAGGAGAGGAGCGCAGCUCACCUGGCAACCGCACAGGUAACAACGGUCAGAUCCAGCUGUGGCAGUUCUUGCUGGAGCUGCUGACGGACAAGGAUGCGAGAGACUGCAUAUCCUGGGUGGGCGAGGAGGGGGAGUUCAAACUCAACCAACCUGAACUUGUGGCUCAGAAAUGGGGCCAACGCAAGAACAAGCCCACCAUGAACUACGAGAAACUCAGCAGAGCCCUCAGGUAUUACUAUGACGGGGACAUGAUCAGCAAGGUGCAGGGCAAGCGCUUCGUCUACAAGUUUGUUUGCGACCUGAGGACUCUGAUUGGCUACAGUGCUGCUGAGCUCAACAGCCUGGUGACCGAGUGCGAGCAGAAGAAACUGGCUCGCAUGCAGAUGCACGGCAUCGGUCAGCCCAUCACCACAGUGACCUUGGCCACCACGGCAAUGGACAAGGACAGUUGAAGGAGACCACGUCACAGCACUCUCCUGCUCCCCCGCUGACGGGAAAUCAAAUCAACUAUUUCCCCUUUUUUUUCCUGACACAGCUGUGUUCCUUCAGCACAGACAUGCAAAGCUGAUCCCUGAUCAGUGUGGAUUAACAACUUUGUUAACAUCUAUUGUUUAAGUCCAGGUAGACGGAGGCAGGUAAAAUGUUUUAUUUUUUUGUUUUGCUUUAACUCUAACCAAGAGACGCGUGUACAGGACGAGGUGGAGAAUGUUUGUUUGUGUGAAUAUUGAGUAAUGCUGUUGUGCAUGUGACUGAAUGCUUGAAUGUGCGACUGAAAACCCGGCUUUGUGUUCUGCAAUCCUCUUCUGUAGUUUAGAAUCACUUCCACUGUAUAUACUGGUACUUGAUGUUUUUUGAUAGCCACAUGGGCAAGUGUAUUUUCAUAUUUUCCAUUUAUAGAGGAUCUGUUUUGUAUUUUAUUUAGUGGUUGUUCCCUUAACUGUUGGACCCUUUUCUGUCCACAAGGGGGAAAUAAAGAGGCAAGCAUUUUUCUUAA